AUGGCAUUUCAUGAAAGAUUCUUUCCUCCAUCAAGAGUGAUGAAAUUGAGAGAUGACAUUCAGAAUUUCAAGCAAAAGGAGGGUGAACCAAUUCAUGAAUCAUGGACAAGGUUCAACAGAUUUUCGCGUAAGUGGCCAACACAUGGACUGCCAGGGAGUGCAAGUAGUCCUCGGGUAAAUGAUUUAUUAUCGCGUAUACUCGAUAAAGUUGAAGGCUCUAAUGAUUUGCUAAAAGGGAUGAAAGAUGACUUUUCAUCAUUGAACAGUAAAGUGAAUUCUCAUGACGAUGCCAUCAAAAUGCUGGAAGGUAAAUUGAGUCUAUUAUUAGCUCAAUUAACGUCCAAAACACCGGUGGAAGAUAUUGAAAGAGAGCUGGUUGUAGUUACCCAUAGCGGCAAGGUGGAAAUAGGGAAUGUGAUGGAAGAUGAGGAUCCUCAAAAGAAUAAAGAGAGCCAAGAUGUGGAAGAACAAGAAUUACCUAUUCGACAAAACUUUACCAAAGAACCACAGGAGGAAGCGGAGCAACAAGUUCAAGUUUCAAAAGUCAUGCACCCUUUACCCAAGAUACCUCCACCAUUUUCCCAACGUUUGAAAAAGAAGAAUGAAGAAGAGAAGUUUAGAAAUUUUUUGUCAGUAUUCAAGAAUUUAUCAAUUAACCUUCCUCUGGUGGAAGCAUUAUUGGAAAUGCCGGGAUACUCCAAAUUCAUGAAAGAGCUGGUUACAAAGAAAAGGAGUUUGGACUAUGAAACGAUUGAGGUGCCCCAUAGUUGUAGUGCAAUUAUGACAAAUGAGUCAAUCACUAAGAGAGAAGAUCCUGGGGCAUUCACAAUCCCGUGCACAAUUGGCAUGCUUCAAUUCGCUAAAGCUUUGUGCGAUUUAGGAGUAAGCAUUAACUUGAUGCCCUAUGCAAUAUACAAACAACUUGGUUUGGGUGAACCAAAGGCAACCACAAUGAGACUCCUUAUGGCUGAUCGAUCAAUCAAGCACCCAACGGGGAUACUCUAG